UGUUGGGGACGGGGUCUUGCAGAUGCGCGCGCAACGGGAUGUUGCAAGGAUCAUGGCGAUAAGUGAUAAUCGUCCAGUGAGCCAAGAUGGCGGGGCCUGAGUGGUAAACAGUGGACGUCACCAUCUAAAGGGGCACGGAAAGGGGAGCUCUAAAAAAGCAGGGCAACAAGCCAAACCGGCUCCUGUCUGUCGGACAUGGAUUGGGGCUGUUUGACCGCUGGACAGGUACAGGCACCUCCUGCGGGCUGCCAGCUCACUCACGCAUAUUCCCCCGUCCAUGCAACACCCGAGCCGGACCUACAGGACCGAGGCGCUGUCAUCGGCCGAGAAAACGCUUGUGCAAAAGAAGAAGGACCCUGAACACGAUGCAGAAAGGAGGGGGAAGGGGAAGAAGGAUCCGUUACAAAACGAUGGGUCAGGUCCAACCAAGGGUGCAAGGGGAAAGAAAGAUGACGAGAGGUGGGCGUGA